UUUGUUAUCUAUUUCCUGAAACAUUAUAAAGCACGAAUCCUAAUAUUUUAUUAGGUUACGCAUACUUUCCAUUUUGUUUGUUCCUUGAAAAAUAGAUCCGGAAAGGAGAAUAAAUAUGAUCUGGACUAUAACUAGAUCAUUGUGAACAUUCACAAAAGAACGAACUUCACAUGCUUCACAACAGGAAGUAUGAAAAAUGACACAUUUCUUUAUUCUUUUUAAGAACACUUUGUCUAGGUAUCAAGCUUCAUUUGAAUCAUGAAGUGCCUUAAGCUAACCAUUUUAGUAGCUUGGCUCGUGUUACAUGCAACAGCCCAAGGUAUUGUUAACCAAAGACAUGACUGGGGAGAGCAUGGUGGUGCUCCGGGAGCUAGUUCACCACCGGCAUUUGGAAGACCAAACGGCAAAGGAGAGCCUCCUGACUACAGUCAACCUGGAGGCCCAGGAGCGAUUGGAGGAUUUGGAUCACAUGUGAUUAGUACUGUAUCAAAUGAUGAUCCUAAAAGUUUAAGAGGUUUCAGCGGAUCAAAAGAGCCAGAUGAUUCUGGAAAACCGGUAUCGGUAAUUGCUUCUGGGUCCCCAGAGUAUAUUUUAGUACCUGGUGGACCUCAUGGCUUAGGCAGUUCUAAUAGCUUUGGUGGACCAUCAGCAGCGAUUGUUUCUGCUCCCCCUGGUAGUUUUCUUGGACCUAGUGGAGUUUCUAAUGGUUUUGGGGGACCGGCAUCAUCGAUUGCUUCUGGCUAUGAUGGGGGUUUUGUAUGGUCUAGUGGACCUCCAAGUCAAAGUGGUGACUUUGGUGGAUCAGUACCAGUGAUCGCUCCUGGGUACCCAGGGGCUUAUGCGAGAUCUGGCGGACCUUAUAGUCAAGGCGGAUUCGCUGGGUAUCAGGGUAAUGGCGGUAUACCUGCUACCAAUGGGCAUAGAGAGCAAGUAAUGAUGAUGAUUCCGUUAUAUGAGGAAUGCAAACAGUUUACCACGUCCGUAGCAUGCACAUGCAAAGAAAUGUGGGCAAAUCGAGAAAUUGGACCAAGUCAGUGUCAAGGAAAUUUUGGUGAAUGCGUAAAACAAGACAUGGAAAAAGUUCGUUGUCGAGUAAUAGUGGCACCUAGUAAUCAAUGCAUAGAAAAAGUGACCCAAUAUAUGCAAGGUGCCUCUUGUACGGAAAAUGAAGGAAAUGGUGGAACUGGAGGUGAAAAUGGCGGCUCUGGAGGAAAAAAUGGAGGUUCUGGAGGAGAAAAUGGUGGUUCUGGAGGAGGAAAUGGAGGUUCUGGAGGAGGAAAUGGAGGUUCUGAAGGAGGAAAUGGAGGUUCUGGAGGAGGAAAUGGUGGUUCUGGAGCAGGAAAUGGAGGUUCUGGAGGAGGGAAUGGUGGUUCUGGAGGAGGAAAUGGAGGUUCUGGAGGAGGAAAUGGAGGUUCUGGAGAAGGGAAUGGUGGUUCUGGAGCAGGAAAUGGAGGUUCUGGAGGAGGGAAUUGGGGCUGUGGAGGAGAAAAUGGGUGCACUGGAGAGGGAAAUGGGGGUUCUGGAGUUCGUAAUGAACCAUAAAAAAGUUAUAUCUACAAAACCUUUAGCUACGAUCAGCCUUUUGUUACCAUUCCAUAGAGGGCGUAUAAUUUAUACCUCAAGCACAUUGGAUAAUAACAUGGUAUACUGCAAUUUAUGAUAUGAUAUAAUGAGAUUAAAUAUUUUUUUCUAAUAUAACACUACAAUCUUUUAUAUAGUAGUGUCUUGGUGGAAUGUAUUUUGUUUCAUUAAAAAAUUUAUUUUAUUACUUCA